GUGUCCUACAGUCCCUAUUCCUUCCUGGUUCCCCAGUCCUGUCGUUCUAGGAAAGCAGGACAGAGUUCAGUAGAAUGAAGUUUGGGGGUUUCCUGUACUAUGGCCCAGCUCCCCCAACCUUCCCCUGCCACCUCACCAAUGACAUAGGAGAGUAUGAGGUUCCAACCAGUGAUGAAAGCACACAACUGUCCAACUGUGACAUAGCUGUAGAGAUAGGCAGAACCGGAGCCUGGCACACGGGUCCCAAACUCUGCAUAGCAGAGCCCGGACAGCACGGAAGACAGGGCAGCCACGAGGAAGCAGAUGGUGAUGGCCGGCCCAGCUUUGUACUUGGCCAUUUCGCGGGCCAGGAUAUACACGCCUGCUCCCAGGGUGCUGCCCACGCCCAAGGCCACCAGAUCGAGGGUGCUCAGGCACCGGGCCAAGCCACUCUCAACCCCCUCCCUCGGCCCCAGGGGCCGCCUGCACACCAGCUUCCGGCCAAACUGACAAAUGUGGUGAUGCAGCAUCCUCGUGGAGUGGAGGAGAGGAAGGGGAGGCCAAUAUCUGCAAAGAAAAUGAGAGACCACCAUCAAGAACAUCCAUCCCCCGGGGCCCUGGGAGUCUAUCCCCCGGGGCCCUGGGAGUCCUCGGACAGAAGACCCAUCCCACAGAGCGAGGGUGGAAAGCACCAGAAGCAUUCACAAAGGAAACGGACCAUGUUCACUGAGAAACAACUGGCCGAUUUGGAAUCCUUGUUCAGCAAGAACCCAUACCCCGCUCCCAGCCUUCAGAAAGAAAUGGCCUCGAAACUGGAGAUCCAUCCCACCGUACUGCAGGUGUGGUUCAAGAACCACAGAGCAAAACUCAAGAAAGCCAAACAGCAAUUAGCUGGAGCAGAAGUCAAGACCCACUCUUCCAAGGGACCCAUGGAUGCCCCUCCAGGAUGCCCCCGUGGUGCCCACCAAGCCUCCCUGGUUUAUACAGAUCACCCAACACCUUCCUUCCAACUCAGCAUAUGCUCCAGUCUGAAGGUUCUCCCAGACCAUUCUGUUGGCCACAAAAUAGUCCACUUUGGCUGCUGCCGAGACCCUAACAUCUACUCCCUUUGUCCCAUUAUGGAAUCUCAAAUUCUUCCCACAAGCUUCACUGCUUAUUCUCUUGAUUCUUCAUCUCCACAAAGAACUUAAUGAGCAAAGCCAGAUGCAAAAGGUCACAUACUAUAAUGAUUCACGACGAUUCCCGUACAAGAGAUUCAAAGAUCCAUGCACCAUGGAUGCAUUCCAGAAACACGCUCCGUGAAACCAAAGAAAGACACACAAGUGCCCGUUGGGUAGAACUGAGUGGAGAGAGGCACUCAACAAACUUACAGUGACAGGAAUGUUUCGUGUUGUAAUUAGGAUGACAGGGACCUGCACUAAAUUCACCCAAAGACACAGAAUGGCAAUAUGUAUUACAUACACCACAAAAAGCAAUCAUGGGGCAGGAUGAAGGCACCAGCCAUGGCGGUAAUCAUUUUGCAAUCUAUAAAUGUAUCAAAUCAAUGCACUGUACACCUUACACUUGUAUCUCAGUCAAGCUGGAGACAAUGUUUAUUGUUUAAAUUCUAUCUCAAUAAACAUAUACAAUGAGACU